UAUGCUGUAUUCUAUAUCCCAUGACUACGUAUGUAUUUAUUAAAUUAUAGUUGGCAUUCAAUAUUAUUCAUCUUCAGCUUCAGGUGGCUUUUACUGCCUUUUAAAGCCAAGCUCUUGACCAUGUUUAUUUAGUAAAAUACAUUGUAGAUGUGAACUAGAAGUGUUUCCUGCCUUCUUCUCACACAAGGCUGUCUGGUUCCAACAGCAAUACUCAUCACCACCUCCCAACCAGAUUCAAAAGCCGUGCUGAAAAGUUCCCAUUGCUAUUUGUGCUUCCCCCCCCCCCCCAAUCUUGCAGGUUGGAAGCUUUGAUUCUGAAUUGGAAACCUCCUAAUGUAAGUAUUUGCAUUUACUUUGUAUUCUUUUAAACUAGGUACAUUUGUCAAAGUCAUCGCCUCCUUUAGGACAAAAAUAGUCCGGCAUGGAUUUCCUGUGCAAUGUUAAUCAAAAAGGAAGUUAUGGGCUCACCUAAUUUGGAAAAUAUCCUAAUUCUACAUCUUAACUGCGUCUUAAAGAAAAGGAAGUAAUAAUUAACAGCCUAUUGAAAAUGAUCUUAACGAAUGUCUAAUAACUGAUUAAAAAACGCAAGCCAAACCAGUAAUACUAUAUUGCAAUUUUGAUUAUUUAAUCAUUAUCUGUCUUUCUCUUCCUUUCUCUGGCCUCAGUUGGGCUACUCCAAAGCAUGUGCUUGGGAAAGGUUAGAAAAGAUGUUUUUAAACUACAUUUUCUACGGGAGUCUUUCUUGUGGGUGAAAAAAUUGGAAGCUGCUGAGAUUAGACAUCUGUGUUCUACAAUCCCUGUUUGUUUCUCCCUUCCUCAUUAUCACAAAUAGCAAAAUUUGCUGUAAUCUGGGAGCAUUUCCCAAUUUAGUUUAUAUUCAUGUAAGGGGAUAGCCACAUUUGAAAAAAAGCUGAGAGCCCUAACUUUUAUUUUUUGUAUUAACCUCCAAGGAUUUAGACAAGUCCUUAAAGUUAAAUCCAUUUUCCCCUUUUCAGGAAGGGAUUGCCUUGAAUUAGUCACCACAUCUCAGAAAUAGCCCAUUGAACCCUUCCCUGUGUGGCCAGAUGUUGGUUUAUACAGAUCCUGCUGAGGAGUAUUCCUUCUCAGCACGGCAUUUAGCACAAAGCUUUUUGAACCUAAGUUAAAUAUACCUAAUAGUGGCUGACUGAGGAGAGCUGUACUUCUGCUGAAUGUCGGUUCUGGUUCAGGCAUAAUUCCAGGAAGCCGAAAGACUGCAACUACAAAGGAAGGUUCACAUCAUUCUUAAGUUAAUAUUACCAUUAUGUGGUAUUACUAUUAGUAGUCAUGUUAUAAAUGUCUUAGAAGUGUAUCUCCAUCACCUGCAGCUUCAAAAUGGACAAUACAUCCCAGAUUUCUCAGUCCAGGCUGCCAGACAGCACCGCCUUGAAGCAGCAGCAAUUACCCGCCUACAAGCUCCAGCUCUCAGCCACCAAAGUCCUCACUGGCUUUUUUAUCACAGGAGCAUUCUGCCUCGGCAUGGGCAUCCUCCUUAUAUUGUCUGCAAAGAGCACCAAGGAAAUAGAGAUUAAUUACACAAAUACAUGUGCAAAUUGUGCAAAACUGCGGGAAAAUGCCAUUAAUUUUGACAAAGAAUGCACCUGCUCUAUUCCUUUCUACCUUCCAGAGACAAUGCACGGUAAUAUUUACAUGUAUUACAAAUUAUAUGGCUUCUAUCAGAACCUCAAUCCGUAUGUUGUAUCCAGAAGUAAUAACCAACUGAUGGGUAGAGAUGUAAAGGAUGUUGGAAACUGUGAUCCAUUCAGUAAGUCCCACAAUGGGACCCCCAUUGCUCCUUGUGGUGCUAUUGCCAACAGCAUGUUCAAUGACACCAUUAUUCUUUCAUACAACCUUAAUUCAUCUAUACAUAUCAAAGUCCCAAUGCUAUCGAUUGGAAUUGCAUGGUGGACAGAUAAAUACAUCAAGUUUCAGAAUCCAAGUUUAAAUCUUCCUAGUACAUUUGCAGGAACCACAAAGCCUCCCUACUGGCCCAAGCCUGUCUAUGAACUGGAUGAAGAGAAUGCAGGAAACAAUGGCUUCCUUAAUGAGGAUUUCAUCGUGUGGAUGCGGACAGCUGCUUUUCCCACUUUUAAAAAACUGUACCGUCGGCUCUAUCGAAUACAGUAUUUUACUGAAGGCUUGCCUGCUGGUAAUUACAGUUUCAACAUAACCUACAACUUUCCAGUAACCAGAUUCCAAGGAGAAAAAUCAGUUGUUCUCUCCACCCUGACUUGGAGUGGAGGCAGUAGCCUUUUCUUAGGUCUCACCUACACAGUGACAGGAGCCGUGACAUGGCUGGCCUCCUUUUCCAUGAUGGCAAUUCACUUGAUGCUGAAUGGAAGGAAGACGGUCUUCCCCCAGCAGAAAAGUGAAGAUUCAAAAAGAAAAGCAGAAAACACAGAAAUGGACAGUGAAGUCAAUGGAGCCAAAGAUGUCUGAGAAGCCUCACCAUGACAGAUAUUUUAUCAGGAGGAACUGCGUUGACAAACCAAGUGCAAUUCCAGGUGGAUAAAUAUUGAGAGUUUCAGAGUGAAGAGGAAGAGGAGGAGAUGGAGGAGGGGGGAAAGGCAUAAUUAUGUAGAGUAAAAUGUCCUUGCAAUGAGGAAGAUAAAUCAUCCUUGAGCUCUAAACCAAGCCUCGGAUAUUUAUUUGAAUGCCUAGGAGAGUACCAUCCCCAGACAAGAGUAAGUAGGCCUGGGGUCCCCAGGCUUAGGUCAGUCCUCUUAAUCAUUAGUCAAAGCUCAGACCCGAACCUUUAUUGGCUGGUUGAAAUUCCUUUUCUUUCUUUCUUUCUUUCUUUCUUUCUUUCUUUCUUUCUUUCUUUCUUUCUUUCUUUCUUUCUUUCUUUCUCUCUCUCUCUCUCUCUCUCUCUCUCUCUCUCUCUUUCUUGUUGAAAUUAUUAUAGACUACCAACAAAAAUUGCUGACCAUUGAAUUGCGCUUUCAGGAUGCACUUUGAAAACUGAUUUAUUCAAUGUUCUCUCCUUUCUACAGAGACUAAGUUUUCUCUGUUAAGACUAAUCCAAGCAAAGGUUAUGACAAUUCCCUGAGCACACAAAACAUAGCAAUACAGCAAAAAGGAAGGCGAGGGAGUUCCCUAAAGUUAUCCGUGCAGCCAAGAGGGAAGCCCUGAAAGUGACUGAUCCCCUCAAAAACUACUCAGCACAAAACAGUUCUGGAGUUUAUAUUGGGAUAACACAGUCUAACAUGCAAAUGACACGGAUUUAUGAUGCUUGAAUUAUAUGUGUUGAGGGAGCUUCUCAGAGUCCAGCUGAAAAGCUUGGCAUUCCGGCUAAAGGUCACUUAGAGGAGACUGAACGAAGUACUUGGUAAAGCUGCCAGGGCAAGAGACCCCAUAGACUUGUGUGCUGAGGUGACCAGAAUAUCAUACUUUUCAAAACAUGUUUAUUAUAUCAUUUUUUGACAUAGGGGAAGCUUUUCUCUGUGAUGACUCUAGCAGCAGAAUUUUCAUUGUUAGUGAAAAAUACAGUACCAACACAUAUUUGUCUGUUCAACAGCCAGGAAAGCAUUUCUUUGUUGCAACUUGCUGCGUUCAACAAAUAGUCUAAUACUUUUCCAAAAAAAAAAAAAAAAAAAAAACCCAAAAUAGUUUCUAGUACCAACUCUGAAGUCUUGAAAGCACUCCCCUAUCUCACCUUCCAUAUGCAACCGGUGACCAGGUGUGGUCGGCCAAGUAAUGCCCCACCCCUACCCCAAAGACACCCAUGUCCUCAUCCUCAGACCUGUGAGUGUCACCUUACUCGUGUAUUUCGAAAGACACUUUGCAUAUAUGAUUAAAUUAGGGACACGGCUGUGGGGAGAUUAUCCUGGAUUACCUGAGUAGGCCCAGUGUAAUCAUCAGGGUUCUUAAAAGAGUGAGAGGCAGGAGAUCAGAAAAGUAGUAGGAGAUGUGACAACAGAAGCAAGAGCUUGGAGUGAUGGAAGGAAGGGGCCGUCAUCCCCAAAAUGCAGUCGGCCUCUAGAAGCUGAAAAGAGCAAGAAACAGAUCCUCCCCUGACGCCUCCAAAAGCCCUCUUGGCAUCUUGA